GUUUACCAUUAUGGACACAAUAUCAGAAGCAAACAGCACCUUUGCCUUGAGCCUCUUGCAAAAACUGGGUGAGAACAACUCCAGAAAUGUGUUUUUUUCACCCAUGAGCAUCUCCUCUGCCCUGGCCAUGGUCUGGAUGGGAGCCAAGGGAAACACCGCCAUCCAGAUGAGCCAGGCACUUUCUUUAAAUAAAAGCCCAGGUGGCGGUGGAGAUGUGCACCAAGGCUUCCAGUCGCUUCUCACUGAAGUUAACAAAACCGGCACUCAGUACUUGCUCAGAACGGCCAACGGGCUCUUUGGAGAAAAGACCUGCGAUUUCCUCUCGUCUUUCAAAGAUUCCUGCCACAAAUUCUACCAAGCCGAAAUGGAAGAGCUGGACUUCGCUCAUGCUACCGAGGAGGCCAGGAAACAUAUCAACACCUGGGUAGCCAAGAAGACAGAAGAUAAAAUUACAGAGCUGCUGGCUCCAGGGACAGUUGAUUCCAUGACUAACCUGGUUCUCGUCAAUGCCAUCUACUUCAAAGGAACCUGGAACCAUCAGUUUAACAAAGAGCACACCAAGGAAAGACCUUUUAAAAUCAACAAGAAGGAGGAGAAGCUUGUGCAAAUGAUGUUCAAGAAAUCUACUUUUAAAAUGACCUACAUAGGAGAAAUAUUCACCAAAAUCCUAGUGCUUCCCUAUGUCAUGAAGGAGCUGAACAUGAUCAUCAUGCUUCCAGAUGAGGGCACCGAGUUGAGCACGUUGGAGAAAGAACUUACCUAUGAGAAAUUCGUGGAGUGGACAAGGCCAGACAUGCUGGACGAGGAAGAGGUGGAAGUCUUCCUCCCUAGAUUCAAGCUGGAGGAGCGUUACGACAUGGAAGAUGUCCUUCGCAGUCUGGGCAUGACCGAUGCCUUUGACCAGGGCAAGGCAGAUUUCUCGGGAAUAUCGUCCAGGAGGAGCCUGCAUCUGUCCAAGGUUGUGCACAAGGCUUUUGUGGAGGUCAACGAGGAAGGCACCGAAGCAGCCGCCGCCACGGCGGCCGUCAUGAUGAUGCGCUGCAUACGGAUCACCCCCCGGUUCUGUGCCGACCACCCCUUCCUCUUCUUCAUCCACCAUACCAAGACCAAAGAGAUUCUGUUCUGCGGCCGGGUCUGCUCCCCGUAAGGAAGAGGAGGCAUUGGUUGUAGCCCUUCUCCUUGCUCCUCCCCUCCUGCCCUUCCUCUCAAACUUCCCAAUGGGCCCCGAGGCCCGAGGUGACCUUAUUACUACAGUGGUGACAAUUCAGAAUUAAAGAGCCUGAUUUUGACA